AUGUUCACGCCAGCACGUGUCAAUGCUGUACUCAGUAUGAAUGAGAGUGAUACGUACUACCAAGGGAUUCUUGCAACAUUGGCAGAGACCGCUGACACUGCUGUCGCAACACCUCUAACGCUCAGCUCUGCCACUUCGUGGUCGAGCACCAUUCGCAUGAAUGUCGGUGCCACAGCAGGGACAUACCUCUUAACCGGCGACACUAAAUACUCUGACUGGGUCAUCGAAAGCAUCAUACUACUUGCCAAUCUCUCUGACUGGGAUGUGUCCGAUUUUCUGAACACUGCAGAUAUUGCGAUGACGAUCUCGAUUGGCUAUGACUGGGUAUACGAUAUGAUGACAGCCGCACAACGAACCACGGUUCAGUCAGCAAUAGCCAACAAGGCCUUUGUUCCAGCAUUGAACUCUUCUAUCAAUUCUUGGAGCGAGCAUACCAAUAACUGGGCCCAGGUCACAAACGGCUGCUUGAUCAUUGCAGCAUUGGCGAUUGGAGAUAUCAACUCCACCCUCGCAGAGGAGAUCAUGGAUUUCUCCGUCCCCAAGUUGAAUGUUUCGCUAGAGCAAUAUGCUCCCGACGGAGGGUGGAUUGAGGGGUACUCAUACGGUACCUACGCUGGUAUAUUCCUCGGUUUAAUGAUGAAUUCGCUGGACACCGCCUUGGGUAAUGAUCUAGGCAUAUCCGAGUUACCCGGAAUGAGUGGUCUGGGAGCCUGGUUGACCCACGGUUUCGGCCAGACUGGCGGAUUUAGUUGGGGUGAUGGUGCUUGGACGUUUUCCAACGCAAACAGUUUAUGGAGCGCAGGAUACUGGGCUCAGCGGUUCAACAAGCCUGAAUGGCUGCAAGGAAUGAUGUCGCGCUUCACCUCCACUGAGGCAGCGACCUUUCAGGCUUUUUUAUUCUAUAAUUCUAGCCUCAUGACACCUAGUGUUUUGUCCACCAUGCCGCUCUAUGAUGAAUUUACUGGUGUUGCAGGGAUGACUUAUCGCACAUCUUGGACAGACUCGGAUGGGUGGUUCUUCGGUUUCAUGGGUGGUUUCAACGGUCGCUCACAUGGCCAUCUCGAUGCUGGCUCCUUUGUUGUUGAUUACAAGGGAUAUCGAUGGGCUGAGCUACUCGGGUCAGAUAGUUACAGCCUCACAGAUUACUUUGUGGGCCCUCGUCGCUGGACAUACUAUCGGUGCAGGAGUGAAGGCAGUAAUACGUUGAGCAUCUCAGACGUAUCACAGACCCCUCUGCAUUUCGCCAAUCAGAAUCCCUCGUCGAAUAAUUCCCUCCGGUGGGUGGGAAGCUUCGACGAUUCUAGCAGAUUUGGCGUUGCAAACCUGACUCAGGCAUAUAACAACGUGACAACCAGUGUGCUACGCGGGGUUGCACUCUUGAACGGCACUCAGAUGAUCAUCCGUGAUGAAGUUCGCGCCUCUACGGCAAUUGACAUCGCUACUAGCUGGCACACAACAGCCACUAUAAGUGUCGCGACCGACAAUCAGACAGUCACACUCACACAAGACGAUAUCACCAUGACAGUUACAUUGCUUUCACCUUCGAAUGCCUAUCUAGAGGCGAUAGAUACGAACCCCUGCAACUCUUAUAGCCCCUGCUCUGAGGCCACCAACUCGGGCAUAUAUAACCUUGCUGUCCGGCUGACAAGUUUGACUAAAGAGGCUGAUAUUUUAGUUGCUCUGUCCGAAAGUGGGACCGAACUUGAGUCAUUUGAUUCGUCCUUGAGCGAUUGGUAUUCACUAUGCACUGUGGAUUGCUGGGAGUCCACAAAUGUUGAAGAUCCGUACUGGCUAGAAAAUUCCGAAGUCUAUUACUAA